AUCCAAUGAAAUGAAAUUGCUGCAACUGAAAAUAAAACAAAAACUGUGAAUUUUUUUAUUGAUUCAAAACAACAUUUGAGUGUACAGCAUAGAGAAAAAACAACUAUUGAGCGCGCUCUGUAUGUGUGUGUGCGUGUGAGUGUGUCUUGGUGUCUCUGUCUCUGUCUAUAUCUAAGCAAAAGUGCGAACUAAGCAGAAUAGUGCAACAACAACACGAAGAAGAACUGUGCAAGACAAACAGGUGCAACACUUCGUACACAACAACAACAACAACAAAACAGUUUAGCCAAAGCUGAAGCUAAAGAAGAAGCAGCUGCAGCAGCAGCUAAAGGGUUGUUCCCUUGCGGAAGUAGCCAAAAAACAAAAGCGACAUGUGCUAAAAAAAACUUGAAGACGAAGCAGCUGAGGGGCAGAAGUAGAAGUUGAAGAAGCAGCAGCAGCGAUAGCUUGACAACAACAACAACAACAGCUGAGGCAGAAGUAAAUUUGAAGCAAAUGGAUACAGUUGCCAUUAAGACGGCGCCGCCGCAUGCGCCGCUGGCAACAACAACAGCGCAACAACAACAAUUACAAAGACAAACAUCGAACUCGCCCGCAACCAUUGGCGACAAUGUCUACAACAACAACAACAACAGCGGCAACGGCAACAGCAGCAGCAUUGGCGCCUUCUUUCAGACCUGCAAGGUCUUGUGGCAUCUGGAUGCGUUCCGACGCUCUUUUCGCAGUCUCAAUCAACACGUUUGCGGCGGUCAGGAUUGCAUAUUCUGUGCCUUGAAGGAACUCUUUCAGCAACUGCAAACGAGCUCAGAGCCCGCUCUGUGUCCGGAACCGUUGCGUCGCGCCUUGGCCAGCGGCCCACUGGCUGGUCGCAGAUUUCCGCUGGGCUGCCUGGGCGAUGCUGCCGAGUGCUUUGAGCUCUUGCUGCAUCGCGUCCACUCGCACAUCUCGCCCGACGAUGGCGACGCGUGCGAGUCAGCGGCCUGCAUUGCCCAUCGACGCUUCGCCAUGCGCGUCAUCGAGCAAAGCGUUUGCAAAUGCGGCGCCAACUCCGAGCAGCUGCCCUUCACGCAGAUGGUGCACUAUGUCUCCGCCUCGGCGCUGACCUCACAGAAGAGCCUCGCCAUGCAGAACCAUCAGCAGCUGAGCUUUGGCCAGCUGCUGCGCGCAGCUGGCAACAUGGGCGACAUACGCGAUUGUCCGAACUCGUGCGGAGCCAAGAUUGGCAUUUGCCGUGCUCUGCUCAAUCGGCCGGACGUCGUUUCGAUUGGCAUUGUUUGGGACUCGGAGCGACCGGCUGCCGAUCAGGUGCACGCUGUCUUAAAGGCCGUGGGCACUAGCCUGCGCCUCGCCGAUGUCUUCCAUCAGGUCAGCGAACAGCGCUGGGCCCAGCAGUCGCAGCACGAGCUCGUUGGCAUUGUCUCCUACUACGGCAAGCAUUACACCACCUUCUUCUUCCACACGAAGCUCAAGGUGUGGGUCUACUUCGACGAUGCCAACGUCAAGGAGGUGGGGCCCAGCUGGGAGGGUGUCGUGGACAAGUGCAGCCGCGGCCGCUAUCAGCCCCUGCUGCUGCUCUACGCUGUGCCGCAGCCACCCAGCUCGACAGCUGCCAACAACUGCGGCAUGGAACGACGCGCUGUCACGCCCAGCCCGGAGAAGCCUAGCCUGGGCAGCACAAGGCGUGCCAUAACGCCCACGCCGCUCAACGACUAUCAGAACCUAAGCGUCAUACAGAAGAACAUCUUUCCCGUGCCCCUGGCCGCUGCGCCCGCACUGCCAGCGCUGCCAGCGGGCAGCGACGAGACGGACGCCUACAUCAGUCGCAAGACUGUGGAGCACGUCUUGAGCGCUCAAUAUCAGAACCUAAGCGUCAUCCAGGACAAGAUCGCCGCCGAUAAGGAGGGCGGCUUCCUCAAUCGGAAACCCAUCGAGGCGAUGCUCAGCGCUCAGCUGGCCCGACGCCAGCACUUGCAGCUGCAGCGCAGCCACAGCGCGGAGUCCAGCUCCGGCCAUGCCUCCAAUGGCAGCUCCCCGCCCAGCGAUGGCCUCACCAUCCCUGAGCAUCUGAAUCAGCCAAGGCGUCGCGAUUCGGGCAAUUGGUCGGGAGAUCGAAACAGCGCCAGCUCAGCCAGCUCCACAACUCUCGAUAAUCCAUAUCUCUACAUGGUUGCGAAGCGAGGCGUCGCUGCUGUGCCUCAGAGUCCAACGCGACAUGGCCAUGUGCAUGGGCUGCCCUACGAUGCGGGCUACGAUUCGUUCUCGCUGAGCUCCACGGACUCGUAUCCGCCCAAGCAUGUGCUCAACCCGCAGCUGGCCAAGAUACCAGAGACGAACGCACCGAAUGCAGCUGCGCACGUGCCACAUGUGCCGCACGGGCCACACGGGCCGCACGGACCGGGCCUAGCUCUGUCGGGCGACUGCGAGAAGCUCUGCCACGAAGCGGACCAGCUGCUGGAGAAGUCACGUCUGGUCGAGGAGUCGCACGAUCUAGAAACAGCCCUGGUUCUCUGCAAUGCUGCGGCGGGCCGGGCAAGAGCUGCCAUGGACGCGCCGUACAGCAAUCCGCACACGAUGACGUUCGCGCGGAUGAAGCACAACACGUGUGUGAUGCGAGCCAGAAGUCUGCAUCGGCGCAUACUCAUCGAGAAGGGCGCCGAGAGCGAGGCCAUGCCCGAGCUGAAGCACAUGCGCGAGGGCAGCAACAGCAGCGUCAAGCACAUGCGACAGGGCAGCAAAGAUCGCACGCUCGAGAAGCUAGAGAAGCUGGAGAAGCUCGAGCAAAUGCCGCCAAGCGCCUCGGCAGCGAAGAGCAUCGAGAUCUAUGCGACGCUGCCGAAGCGCAAAAGUCCGCUUAAGGCGCUCGUCAAUGCCGGCGGCGAUGACAAUGCCAUCGAGUACGAGCAGCCAGUUAGCCAGGCUAAACCAGAGCGUGAGAGUCGCUCGCUGUUCGGACGACGCGACAAGGACAAGGAGAAGGAGAAGGAGAAGGAAAAGGAGAAGCGCAGUCGCAGCGAGGACCGCAACAAGUUGACGCGCGAAUUCUCGCUGACCGAAACGCUGCUGGUGAAUGCCAAGGAUACGCUGAAGAAGCACAAGGAGGACAAGGACGAGAAGAAGGAGAAGGACAAGAGUGGCAAGAAGCAGCACAAGAUACGGCGCAAACUCCUCAUGGGCGGGCUCAUACGACGCAAGAAUCGCUCCAUGCCAGACCUAACGGAAGCUGUCGACGAUCCCAGCUCCUCUGCUGCGGCAGCAGCUGCUGCCGCUGCGGCCGCAGUCAGUGCGCAUGCCACGCCCCUCAGCUCGGUGGACGACAGCGCCGUUGGCCUGCAUCUGCAUGGCCACGCCUACAUGGGCAUGAGUGGCUACAUCUCCGAGGGACACUUUGACUACCCCAGCAACAGCAACAGCAACAGCAACAGCAACAGCAGCAACAUUGCUGCAUCUUCCGCUGCUGCUGCUGCCUCUGGCUCCUGCGCUAAUCCGAACCUGGAGCGCAGCAAGCUGAUGCGCAAGAGCUUCCAUGGCAGCGGCAGGCAGCUGACCAUGGUGCCCAAGGUAGCGCCGCCGCCGCCCAUGCGCACCAGCUCAGCACUAACACAGCAGCAACAGCAACAGCAGCAGCAGCAACAGCAGCAGCAACAUUUUCAUCACGAGGCAAACUUAUCGAAUAUCUCAGCGAUGAGCUCGAAUGCCUCGAUAAGCGAGGACUCGUGUCAGACAAUCAUAACGACCUGUGCGCAGGUGCACUCCGAGCAGAGUCCGCUGAAGGAUCUGCAGCUGCCGUGCUCCACAGACAUGGGCCUGGCCUUGCCGCUGCCCCUGCUGGAGCUGCCGCCGUAUCCCAGUCCGCCGCAGUCCGUUUGCCAUUCGAGACAGGCGAGCGAAGACUUUCCGCCACCGCCGCCACCUGAGAUCGACUUGGAGCCGCUCAACCAGCAGCUGAACCAUCUGCACGCCCUGGAGGCAGCCAGCAAACAGCAGCGACAGCAACUGGACUCCAUGGAGGGCACCACCAGCAUUCUGGCCCAGCUGCAGCAGCGGCAACACUUGCUGAAGCUGCGCAAGGAGCAGGCGACGCCGUUGCCCGAUUUGCGUAGCAGAAAGCCAGAGCCAACAGCAGCAGCAGCAGCAGCAGUCGCAGCAGCCGCAGCCGGAGCCGGAGCCUCUCCCAGCAGCGUGCGCGAUCUGGCGCACCGCUUCGAACAGACCAGCAUUGGAGGAGCGGGAGCAACAGCAGCAACAGCUAGCAGCAACAUGCGCUCGUACGCCUCGCAGGAGCUGCUUAGCUCUGUGCGCACGCAGAUGAAUGGGCUGCCCAAUGGCAAGCCAGAGACAGAUGAAGUUGACUGCGCACCCAUGCCACGCCAGCAAGCCCAGCAGCAGCAACAGCAGCAGCAGCAGCAGCAGCAACAGUUGCUGCUGGCUAAGCCCAAGUACGAGAUGUCGCAGUCACAAAUUGCCGAGGAAAUACGCGAAGUGGAACUGCUCAAUUCGAUGGUGCAGCAGACGCUCAACCAGAGCAACCUGGCGACGCCGAAGCGCGUGAAGAAGAAGAGCGUCUCGUUUUGUGACCAGGUCAUACUCGUAGCAACAGCUGGCAAUGAGGAGGACGACGACUUCAUACCGAACCCCAUUCUGGAGCGAGUCCUGCGCACGGCUCAGCAUCCCAAUGAGAAGGUGAGCGCGCAGCUCAUUCAACAGCAACAGCAGAACAUGCUGCGUUUGCAGACGGAGGCACAGCCACGAUUGCAGCAGCAGCAACAACAGUUGCAGCAGCAGCAGCAGCAACAGCAGCAACAACAGCUGCAAGCGUCGCCCAUGCUGGGCAGACCAGAUAUGCAGCGCUAUGUGCAGCGUCAACAGCAGCUGCUGCAGCAGCAACAGCAACAACAACAGGAGCUGUAUCGUCUGCAGCAACAACAGCAGCAGCAGCAGCAGCAGCAAUUGCUGCCACGCACCAGCAUGAGCGGCUUAUCCAAUCAGCAACAGCAGCAGCAACAACUGGAUAUACAAUACAGCAGCAUGCCGCGACCUUUGCAUGCACAGAGCUACUCGAUACAAAUGCAGAAGCAACAGCUACAACAGCAGCAGCAGCAGCAGCAGCAGCAACAGCAGCAGCAGCAGCUGAACAUUGCCUACUUCAGCAAUGGCAAUGUCGCUGCUGAGCAAUCGCUGCCCUCGCCCUAUCAGCGCGUGCCACACCCACAUGCCUAUCAACAGGCCAACUACUAUGCAGCACAACAGCAGCAGCAACAACAGCAGCAGCAGCAGCAGCAGCAGCAGCAGCAACAGUUGCUGAAUGGUAAGAAAAAGGUAAGCUUUGAGCCAGGCACCAAAGGUGAUUUGGAUUGCUUGCCCUGUGCGCCGCAGCCGCCACCGCCGCCGCCGCCGACGACUGCGUCGUCGCUGCAGAACGGACUGCCCGAGCCACUCACGAACGGCACGAAUCUCAAUGGCAUCACGGCCAUACCCACCCGCGUCUACAACAAUGCCAUCGUCAAGGCCUCUGCCAAGGCGGUCGAGUGCAAUCUGUGCCGCAAGCGACACGUGAUCGCGCCCUCGGUCUACUGCACCAACUGCGAGUACUACUUGCAGAUGCUCAACCAGCGCAGAUGAUGCCAAACUGCAUCGAAAUCGAAUGCGAAUGCGAAUGCGAAUGCAACUGCAACUGCAAUCAAAUGAUUGAAAUUUGAUUCGAAUCUGAUUUCGAAUCUUAGCUGUAAGUGGAAACACGUUAUCUCAAGCAUUGCUGCCACGCCCCUCCAAAUAGCGCCCUAAUAGGCUGUUACUGUUAAGGUUUGAGUCGUACACAUCGUAUACAAAUAUAUAUGUUAUAUAUAAAGCUUAUAGCCAAUCGUAGCUCGUAAGCAGUUGCAACAGCAGAUCGAAGCAAGCAGCAGCAGCAGCAGCAAUAGCAGCAACUGUUGCAUUUGCAUUCAUGGCUACUGCUGCUGCUGCUACAGCUGACUUUAGUCAGGUUGGCUGCCGCGUGGAGUGUGGCAAUAGCAACAUCAACAGCAGCAGCAACAGUCCCUUUUAUGCCGUCGCAUAAGAUGUCGCAACUGUUUGCCAGCCACGCCUACACAUGUUCCCCCAGCACACACACAUAUAUGACCACUUGCCCAUAUAUCUAACACGCGUCGCUCACAACGAACAUCAGCAACAUUCAACUAACUCCAUCCAGCCUGGCUUCCGCAAAUCUCUUGAUUUUU